CCAACAACAAUUUCGAACACUCAACGACAAAGCUAUAAAAUUCUCAAAUCUCACUCCAACCACUCAUCUUCUAAUCUUACACUCCAUCAAACGAAGUCAAGUCAUUAGUAAGACAUGAGGGCUUUGGCCUUCGCAGUUUCUUGCCUGUUGCUGUCCCAUUUGCUCGAAGCUUCAGCUGAGCAAUGUGGAAGACAAGCUGGUGGUGCCUUGUGCCCGGGAGGACUAUGUUGUAGCAAAUUUGGUUGGUGUGGUAACACACCUGACUACUGUGGUGCUGACUGCCAAAGCCAGUGCAGCGCCGGCAAAGAUCUUAGCAGUAUCAUCUCAAGAUCAACAUUUGAUCAAAUGCUUAAACAUAGAAAUGAUGGUGGCUGCUCUGCCAAGGGAUUCUACACAUAUGAUGCAUUUAUCUCAGCUGCCAAAGCUUUUCCUUCCUUCGGAAACACCGGAGAUGUUGCUGUACGUAAAAGGGAGAUUGCUGCAUUCUUUGCACAGACAUCUCAUGAAACUACAGGAGGAUGGGCGACUGCCCCAGAUGGACCAUACGCCUGGGGGUAUUGCUUUUUGAAAGAACAAAACCCAGGAUCAUAUUGUUCUCCAAGUCCUACUUAUCCUUGUGCUCCUGGCAAGCAAUACUACGGUAGAGGUCCCAUCCAACUCUCAUGGAAUUACAAUUAUGGGCAGUGUGGAAGAGCCAUAGGCAUAGACCUGCUAAACAAUCCAGACCUAGUUGCCACGGAUCCAGUCAUUUCUUUCAAAACAGCAAUUUGGUUUUGGAUGACUCCACAAUCUCCAAAGCCAUCUUGCCACGACGUUAUCAUCGGACGGUGGUCACCCUCCCAAGCUGACAGGUCAGCAGGACGAGUUCCAGGUUAUGGUACAGUGACAAACAUCAUCAAUGGUGGCCUUGAAUGUGGUAAAGGCUGGAAUGCUAAGGUUGAAGAUCGCAUUGGGUUUUAUAAGAGAUAUUGUGAUUUACUUGGAGUUGGCUACGGUAGUAAUCUUGACUGCUACAAUCAAAGGCCCUUUGGAAAUGGACUCUUGGACUUGGUAGAUGCUAUGUAAUUUCAUGUUAAGCUUAUGCUUAUAGACGUGAUAAAAUAAAUAAACAUCUGCCUUUGAAUUC